CUGGAAUAUUCAGCAUAAGUCAGAAUCCCUUUAUAUCAAGUAACGACAAUGUUGUCUGCAUUCACAGAUGGUUUACGUUCAACGGUGGUAAGAACUGCACUUCAAUUCAAACAACAGGUCAGAUAUGCCCAUAAGAAGGUCGUCAGUUCAAAAACACAUAUGCAAGACUCGCCAGGUAAAAGGCUAGGACCAAAGAAGUAUGAAGGACAAGAAGUGAAAGUAGGCCAAAUUUUAUUUCGUCAACGUGGUACUAAAUGGUAUCCGGGUACUAAUGUCGGAAUAGGUACGGAUCAUACUUUAUUUGCUCUUGAACCGGGUUUUGUCAGAUACUAUUUAGACCCAUUCCAUCCAAAGAGGAAAUUCAUUGGUAUCGCAUUAAAAAAGGAUGAUAGACUGCCUUAUGCUCACUUUGACCCAACGCCCAGAAGACUUGGUAGGGUUGUGUUGACUGAUAACUAUGCAACAAAAGAAGCUGAAUAUGCGCCAAGGAAAGUCAAAUUAUUACAGCCAAAGAUCGAGGAAGCUCUGAAAGAAAGAGAAAACGCCAGGGCUGCGAAGAAAGAAUCUUAUGUCAAACAAUUACCACAAUUUAAAUCUUUGAAAGAUCUUAACGAGCGUGAGCUCUCUUUAGCUUCUGAAAGACUUCUCAAGAUUGAUGGGUUCUUGCGCGGAGGUAAAACACUUGAAGAUGCCAGAUACUACGCUACUUACAACUACAAAUAUGAUACGAAGCUGGAACUCAACAGGAAAGACUUGACAGCUGAUGAGACUGAAGCUAAAAUAAAUGAAUACACACAGCUGGCCGAAAAGGUGGACAACGCUGUGAUGUUUGAUGCUAGAUUGCAAUUGACCGAUAACCUCACAACCGAGCAGAUCAACGACUUGAAGGUUGAAGCCAUCGCUAAGUUAGAUUCCUUGAUUCCUGAUGUCACAAAACCAAUUUCCAAAAAGACCAAGGAAGAAGCUUUGACACUCUUAUCAAAACCUUGCUUCUCUUUGAAGGAGCAAAUCGGCCUCAAGAGAAAAUACCUCAAGCCUACUCUCCCAGAAAGUGAAGAAACUGUUGGUACGGCAAAGGAUAAGAAGUUAGUCGUCAUACAGAAGAUGAAUAUUGAAACCAGAAGAGUGGAAACUAUCUACAGGAAGAAAAACUAUUUUCUACCAUAAUUCACCCACUUUCUCUUGUAAAUACUUGGCAUUGAUUUAUAGAUGCAUGCAGCAGUAUACAUCAUAUGUAUUUGUCUAUAUAGAUGUUAAUAUGCGAAUACCGUUU